CACUCGUAGUGAGUUAGAUGGUAGAGUUAGUGGAGAUGAGGACCACAGUCUUGGCAGCACAAAAUCAGGGCAAAGUCUCGAGUCCCCUAACAACACGAGAGGAAAUGGAAACAGUAGUUCUAGUUCGAAUGCUAUUGACUUCAAAUUAACAAUAUAUUCACAUGAAAGCCAAGAAGAUUUAUUAACCCCAACUGUAAGUUACAACUCCCUAACGACUAUUGAGGUAUCUAAGGAUCAUCAACAAGUGAAAGUUACUCAUUUACUAAGUGGUAAAUUUAUGGCUAACCAGAAACUUGUAUCUAACCAAGCAUUACAGAGUAGCAAAGCUCCACUUGCCAGCCAGGUACUUUCUACAACUAAAUCCCCCCAAAUCUCUAAAAGACAACCACAAAUAGAUAGCAAGAGCCCAGACACGACCUUAAGAUCUAUAGAUUUCCAACCCAAUAAAUCACUGAUAAUAAGCCAGAAAACUGGUCACAUCCCAGAUGCUACUCAGUCAACAAUAAGUGGGAAAAAACUGAACCAAGCAAUCUUGUUCAGCCAGACAGUUGCAGUUAGUGAGCCAACAACUAUAAAACAACCAGAAGUAGGUAGGCCAGCACUGGAUGCUGAAUCCCCACAAUGCUUGUUGCUAGACACCGCUCUUUCUUUCUGCUCCUCCAUGGCUGGGCAAUGGUUUGUCGUGCCCAAUUACUUCAACCAGAGCAGUGUGGAGGAAAUCCAAGCACUCCUCAAUGAGUGGGCUUGGCUGUUGAAUUCUCAAUGCCAUCAUAGCGUGGAGUGGUUUUUCUGCCUCCUUUUGGUACCAAAGUGUGGCUCUUUGGCCCCGCUGCCUGUGUUACCUUGCCAGAGUUUCUGCGAAGUCUUGCGGGACAGUUGCUGGACGCUCCUGGAUGAGGGACGCCUCCCUGUGGAGUGCCACACUCUACCUGAUGAGGAGGAGGAUGGGUAUCAGUGCUUGUCAGUUAGUAACCAGAAAGAAGACAGUGGAGUCUCCCUGCUACAACUGAUUGGAGAUCCUCCUCCAAGUGAGAUCACCCAAAUCUACGGACCAGACAACACCCCUAGUUUUGUCUUUGGACCGGAUGCCAAUACGGGCCAGCUGGCACGCGCCCACCUCCCAAACCCAUUUUAUCGAGAGUUUUCCCUCAUGUUCAACCUGAAACCCACCACUAACCAGGGCGGGGUCAUCUUCUCCAUCACGGAUGCUCGGCAGAGUAUCAUGCAUGUGGGAGUUAAACUGUCAGCCGUGCAGGACAACAACCAAAAUGUCAUUCUGUACUACACCAAGCCCAAGUCAGCUCAGUCCUUUGAGGCAGCCAGGUUCCUCGUGCCCUCUAUGACGAACACCUGGACCCGUUUUUCUCUCGCAGUGAUGGACGACAAGGUGCUAUUCUACUUCAACUGUGACACAGACCCUCAGGUGGUGCAUAUCGAGAGGUCAGCGGAGAACAUGGAGCUGGAAAGUGGUGCUGGCGUCUUUGUUGGGCAGGCUGGAGGAGCUGAUCCUGAUAAGUUCCUGGGCGUGAUCGGUGAGCUGAGGGUGAUGGGAGAUCCCUUUGCUGCCAGCAGGCACUGUGAGGAGGAUGAAGAUGACUCAGACAUUGCUUCAGGGGAAGGAAGCGGUUAUGUGGAAACCAGACCCCCAAGACCAGGCACGGAAAAACACACAUGGACGAUGAACUCCAACUCUAGUGUCUUAGAUGACAGCUGGCCAAGACACAAGAAUCCCUGUUGUCCUCUUGAGAUCUGCUGCAACACAGCAGAGCAGAACACGGGCUACAAACUGCAAUCCAAGACCAUGCAGCUGGGGUCCAUCCAUGCAAGUCUGGGCAAGGACACGUUAGACAGGGAGAGUUGUAUAAGUGAGACUUUCCAUUUUGUCAUCCUGGAAUUCACGGUGAUAGAUGGGAGAGCGACAAGGGACUCCCAGUACGUUUCACUUUCUGUGGAGUCCAGCCCCUUUCUUCGCGGUCCACAAGUCGAGGCUAAAGGACAAAAGGGCGACAAAGGGGACAGAGGAGAGAAGGGAGAGAGGGGUCCAGCUGGGCCGAAGGGAGAAGCAGGCUCUGGCUCCAGCUCAAGGAGUGGAUCCCGUGGAGACAAGGGAGAAUCUGGGACAAAGGGAGAAAAGGGCAGCGCAGGCUUUGGAUAUAAAGGUGUAAAGGGCGAGCCAGGCCCACCUGGACCCCCGGGGCCCCCUGGUUCUCCAGGACCUUCACCCGAGUAUACAGUCGGCAGUGACGGCUCAGUUGUUUCGAGAGUUCCCGGGCCCAGAGGACCACCCGGAGCACCAGGACCCCAGGGAACUCCAGGAGCUGAUGGAGAGCCAGGUGAUCCUGGUGAGGAUGGAAAAACUGGUGCUCAAGGACCUCCAGGCUUCCCUGGAACCCCAGGAGACCCUGGAGCCAAAGGAGAGAAGGGAGACCGUGGAGAAGGUCAUGCAGGCCCGAGGGGGCCUCCAGGUCCUCCAGGACCCCCAGGACCAGGAUUCAGAUCUACCUUUGAGGAUAUGGAGGCCUCAGGAUUCCCUGAUCUGGAAUCUAUUCGGGGUCUACCUGGGCUACCAGGUCCACCAGGCCCCCCCGGACCACCUGGUCUUCCCGGCGCCUCUACAGCUGAAACGGCAUCGAGUUCUGCAGCAUUUGGACCACCAGGAAAAGAUGGAGCACCUGGUAAACCUGGCUUGCCUGGCAUACCGGGUACUGAUGGCAAACCAGGAGCUCCUGGUCCCAAGGGGGAGAAGGGUGAUGCUGGCGAGCUGGGUCUUCCAGGAGCAAUUGGAGAAAAGGGUGCUCAAGGAGAACGUGGUUUACCAGGAACUCAAGGAGAGCCAGGAUUAGCUGGUCUGCCUGGACCCAGGGGACCAGUUGGAUCUCCUGGACCUCCCGGGCCUCCUGGACCAAGUUAUCGAGUUGGAUUUGAUGACAUGGAGGGCUCUGCUGGUGGUUUCAAUGGACGUCCUGGCAUCGGAGGACCAGAUGGAAUACAGGGUCCUCCUGGAUUACCUGGACUUCCAGGUAACCCCGGCUUGCCCGGCAGACCAGGUGAGAAGGGUGAUGGAGGUCCUGCUGGAAGAGAUGGGCAACCAGGCCUGGAUGGCUUCCCUGGACCUCCGGGAUCAAAGGGUGACAGAGGAGACAAAGGACAGAUGGGUGAACCAGGUCGAGAUGGAACUGGACUACCCGGUCCACCAGGUCCACCUGGACCACCAGGACAAAUCGUCUACCAGACAUCAGGCAAUUUUGAUGAAGUCGUUGGCAGAGCUGGCCCUCAGGGUGGGCCUGGUUUACCUGGUCGAGCUGGAUUUCCUGGUCCAAUGGGGCCAAAAGGUGACCGAGGAGAUCCUGGUCCUCCAGGCUAUGGUGAGAAGGGUGAAAAAGGGGAGCCAGGCUUGGUUAUUGGCCCUGAUGGAAAUUUUCUGAAUUUGGCACAGCUAGCUGGUCCAAAGGGAGACAGAGGACUUCCAGGACCUGUUGGGCCCCCUGGACCAUAUGGGCCUCCUGGACUGAAAGGUGAAAUUGGAAUGCCUGGAAGACCUGGUCGUCCUGGGAUAAAUGGAUAUAAGGGUGAGAAAGGAGAGCCAGGGGUUGGAUCUGGCUUUGGCUACCCUGGAGUGCCUGGCCCUCCAGGACCACCUGGGCCACCAGGACCCCCUAGCCCAGCCAGUCCUUUAGACCGUUUCAAUCGCUAUGAUGAAAGGAAUUAUCCAGCAAUUAAAGGAGAAAAAGGGGAGCGUGGUGAGACUGGACUUCCAGGGAUCCCAGGAGCAUCCCCUAAUGUUGAUAUCUACACAUUGAGGAAUGAACUGAAGGGAGAGCGUGGAGAAUCAGGUGUCAAGGGAGAAAAAGGAGAGCCCGGUGGUGGAUAUUAUGACCCUCGAUUUGGAGGAGUCCAAGGACCUCCAGGACCACCUGGCCUCCCAGGUCCAAAGGGAGAUUCUAUAAUUGGGCCACCUGGACCAUCUGGACCAACAGGGCCACCAGGAAUUGGUUAUGAUGGUCGUCCAGGUCCUCCAGGACCACCUGGACCCCCGGGGACUCUUUCAGGAUCAUAUCGGCCCAAUUAUCCUGUCAGUGUCCCUGGUCCUCCUGGCCCUCCUGGCCCACCUGGAGCUCCUGGACUAUCCUCUGGAGUGACAGCUUUGAGAUCAUAUGACACAAUGAUUGCUACGGCCAAACGUCAGGAAGAGGGCAGCCUUAUCUACAUCAUAGACAGAGCAGACCUUUAUUUGAGAGUACGCGAUGGAGUGCGGCAAGUCAUGCUUGGAGAGUACAAUCCUUUCUUCAGAGAUCUGGAGAAUGAGGUGGCAGAAGUCCAACCUCCACCUGUGAUUCUGUACCCGCAGUCGCAGGACCAGUCCCAAAACAACGGAGCAGGCCAUUACUCUGAGGGUUUCACUUUGAUAAAACCCAUUGAACCUCCAGCACCCACACCCGCAGACCCCCGUUACUUUCCAAAGUAUGAUCCCAGAUUCCCAGACCAGACACACACAGGCCAUACCGAUGGAAGAUUUGCCAACCAGCAGACAGAAAGCAGAUUCCCUGUCACUCCUCAAAGACAACCCGUCCCUCCUGUGCUGGAGCCUGCUGGCCAUUUCGACAUACAGGGAUCAGGACUGCACCUCAUCGCCUUGAACAGCCCUCACACCGGUAACAUGCGAGGGAUUCGUGGGGCAGACUUCCUGUGCUUCCAGCAGGCUCGUGCUAUCGGCCUGAAGGGAACAUUUAGAGCCUUCCUGUCCUCUAAGCUUCAAGACCUCUACACCAUCGUCCGCAGGUCGGACAGGGACAGCGUCCCCAUAGUAAACCUCAAGAACCAAGUGUUGUUUAGCAGUUGGGACUCUCUCUUUGGUGACAAUGCCAGCAAAAUGAGGGAAAACGUACCAAUCUACUCCUUUGAUGGUAGAGACAUCCUCAGGGAUAGCGCUUGGCCUGAAAAAAUGGUCUGGCACGGAUCAAGCAAGAAAGGCCACCGGCAAACAGACCAGUACUGUGAAACGUGGCGAACUGGCGACCACGCUGUGACUGGUCUGGCAUCAUCACUACAUAGCGGCCACCUCUUGCAGCAAAGCCCUAGCAGCUGCUCCGGCUCCUACAUUGUCCUUUGCAUUGAGAACGCCUUCACAUCACCCUCCAAAAAAUAAAUGUCCAUUCUCCUGCUUU